AUCUCAGACCAACUGAUACUAACAUUUUACAGAUUUAUACUCUCCAGGGGAAAAAAAAGAAAAGGUGCGGUUGUAAGAAAAAUUCUCCAUUGCUCACUUCCUCUUUCUCGGUUCUUCUCUUUUCCAUAAUCGGUCGAACUCGAAGUCGUUUGAAGCCCGCCGGAGCCUGGCCUUCGUAAACGGACGCACCACACCGCCAGUCGCCAGAAUCCUAGUCCCUCGAAACCUCUGCUUCAAGCUCCACAGCCGCCACGCCAGGAUGGGAUUACGACAAGGCAUGAGCAGAGUCAAACAUAUUAGCUAAAGUAGGAUGAUGGGCAUCGUUGAGUUUUGAAAAUGGAAUGAUAUGCAGUUGGAAGUAAUUCGGGUUACAUCUAAGAUAGUGGCCUAUGCGAAGUCGGGUCAAAUCACUCAUGCUCGCAAGCUGUUUGAUGGAAUGUCACAUAGAGACUCCGUCGCUUGGAAUGCAAUGCUUGCUAGCUAUUCUCAACUGGGUCUUCAUCAAGAAGCUCUUUCUCUUUUCUGGAGCAUGAGAAUUAUGGACACCAGGCCUGAUCACUUCACCUUCACUUCGACUUUGAGUGCUUGUGCUGGUGCUUGUGAACUGCGGCACGGGACUAAAGUUCAUGCUUUAAUACUUGUUUUGGGUUACCAAUCUUAUGUGCCUAUCAAUAAUGCGAUGAUUGAUAUGUAUGGCAAGUGUCUGAGUCCUUCUAGUGCUACCAGAGUAUUUGAUGAAAUGAAUCUCAGAAAUGAUACAUCUUGGUGUUCACUCUUGUUUGCGCGUACGAAGUCUUUUCAGUUUGACAUCGCAUAUAAAGUGUUCUUAGCUAUGCCGAGGAGAGUGGAGAUAGCUUGGAACAUAAUGAUAGCAGGUUAUGCACGAAAUGGGGAAAUUGAACGUUGUUUGGCAUUGUUGAAAGAUAUGUUGGAGAAUUCAUGUUGGCCGGAUCAAUGGACUUUUAGCUCUCUUAUGAGUGCUUGUACUGAAUCAUCAGAAUGUUUGUAUGGAUUCAUGGUACAUACCUUUAUCAUUAAAAGCGGUUGGAGUUCAGCAGUGGAGACAAGGAACUCACUUUUGAGUUUUUAUGCUGAGCUAGGCUGUCGAGGUGAUGCUAUGAAGGUUUUCGAUUCCCCUGGAAAUCUAAGUCAAGUGUCAUGGAAUGCCAUAAUUGAUGCAAAUAUGAAAUUGGGUGACACUGAAGAUGCAUUUCUUGCAUUUCAUAAAGCUCCUGAGAAGAAUAUUGUUUCAUGGACAUCUAUGAUCUCAGGGUAUGCGAGAAACGGGCAUGGUGAACAGGCUGUUAGCUUCUUUGUUGAGAUGAUGAGGAAUGGUUUCAAGUCAGAUGAUUAUGCAAUUGGAGCUGUGCUUCAUGCUUGCUCGACCUUUGCAGUGCUAGGACAUGGUAAAAUGAUUCAUGGAUGCAUAUUUCGUAAUGGUUUCCAUGGUUAUGUUUAUGCUGGCAAUGGCUUAGUAAACAUGUAUGCUAAAUGUGGGGAUCUAGAAGGAUCAAAUCGAGCAUUUGGCGAGAUUCCAGAUAAAGAUCUGGUCUCUUGGAAUGCCAUGUUGUUUGCAUUUGGUUUACAUGGAAAACCUAACCAAGCUCUAAAGUUAUAUAAAAAAAUGGUUGCAACUGGAGUAAAACCAGAUAAAGUGACCUUCAUUGGCUUAUUAAUGACUUGCAGCCAUUCAGGGCUUAUAGAGGAAAGUCGUGAGUUUUAUGAAACUAUGAAAUCAGUUUAUGAACUUUCCCCUGAAAUGGAUCAUGUGGCAUGCAUGGUAGACAUGCUUGCCAGAGGUGGUUAUAUAUCAGAAGCAAAAGAAUUGGCCACCAAGUAUCUAGGAACAGUUUCUUCGGAGUUAAGCUCGUUUGAGGCUCUUCUUGGGGCGUGCUCUGCACAUCAAGACUUUAGGUUAGGGACAUACUUGGGAAAAGCUUUGAAGGACUUAGAUCCGCAUAAAGAAAUAAGCUAUGUGAUGUUGUCAAAUUUAUAUUGUGCUAGUGGGCAGUGGAAUGAAGCUGAAAUAGUUAGGCAGGCAAUGCUAGACAAAGGAGUAAAGAAAAUGCCUGGUUGUAGCUGGAUUGAACUAAGAAAUAAGGUAACAACUUUUGUUGCUGGUGACCAUUAUGCUCCACAUAAGGUAGAGUUGCAUAAGAUUCUAAAUUCCCUAGAAUUUGAAAUGAAGAAUCCGUGUUUAGUUAGUUUCGAAAAUUGAAUCAAAAAGAGAAAUCUGUAUACUUACAGCAUAGCUCAUUCAAUGUCGCUAGCAGGAAGCAGAACCAUACAUAUCACCAUGCAACUUUGUUAAGAACCAACUUUUUUGAAGUUUGAGAUUGAGAGCGUUGCUGUACCAUUAAUCACAGAAGGCCGAGAGUAAAAUGAAGAAAGGAAUAAGUUGAAACUGCCAAUUUUAUUUUCUGUGUUGAAUUUGGCUGCGUGGAGCUUGCAUUGAGCAUCAAAAUGCUGCUCAUAUUUUUAACAUGAUCCAUUCAUUCAUUCAUGCUAGACUUAAUUUGCUUUAAAUUAUUGAUAAAAAGAAAUGCGGCUCUGUAUAUAUGUACAACUGUUCACCAGAGUGAUGCCAGAAAACUGUACUUGUCCUUUUCUCUUUUAGUCAAAGGUCUAUUGUGGAUGUU